AUGGCGGAAGAGGACGUUAUGGUCGCCGCCCCCGAAGCUCCGGGAGUCCAACUUCCCACCGACCACGAAAAGAAACGGAAGCUCGGAGAUUUGGAGACCGAAGCUCCAGAGCCGCUCUCCGGAAUCGAUAGUAACUCGCAGCGCAACAACGGUGAUGGUGUCCACGUCGAGAACGCGGACCAGAAGGAAGAUGCCGAUAAUGAGUCCGAGCUCAAACGACCUCGUUUAGAUGAUAGUGUUGAAGAACCUGCGGCGCCUGCCCCCGAGAACGGAUUUAAAGUGGAAGAGAAUCCCAAUGGGGAGGCAGAUAGAAAUAUUAAUGGGAUUGAUCAAGAACAACAAGUAUUAGCAGGGCAGGAGCAGAACGAUGAUGCAGACCAGACAAAGCCCCAGACUGAAAGUGGUGAUGGAGCUGAAAUUGAGAAGGUGGAGUCUGAAAGUGGUGAGGGAAAGGAAAACCCUGUGGGGGAAGUUAAGGAGCCAUCUGCCGGUUCUGGUUCUGAUGGCACAACUACCUCGAAGAAAAUGGAGGUUCCAAAUAAUAAGGUUGGGGUUUUGAUUGGCAAGGCCGGGGAUACUAUUAGGUUCCUGCAGUUCAAUUCAGGGGCUAAAAUUCAAAUAAUGAGAGAUGCUGAUGCCGAUCCUCGUGCUCCUACCAGGCCUGUGGAAUUGAUUGGAACUUUAGAAAGCAUAAACAAGGCCGAGAAACUUAUAAAUGAUGUUAUUGCAGAGGCGGAUGCCGGUGGUUCGCCUUCCUUGGUUGCUAGAGGUCUUAGUUCUGGUCAAUCUGUGGUUGGAGAUCAAGUUGAGAUACAAGUUCCAAAUGAAAAGGUUGGCUUGAUUAUUGGGAAAGGUGGGGAAACUAUUAAGAACCUGCAGACCAGGUCUGGAGCACGCAUUCAGUUGGUUCCCCAACACCUUCCAGCUGGUGAUCAGUCAAAAGAGAGGACUGUACGAGUUAGUGGUGAUAGGAAGCAAAUUGAAAUGGCUAAAGAGAUGAUUAAAGAAGUGAUGACACAGCCCAUGAGGCCAUCACCUCUAUCUGGCGGUGGUUAUAAUCAGCCAGCAUUCCGGCCUCGUGGUCCUGUUACCCCACAAUGGACUAAUCGUGGUCAUCCGGGACAGCACAUGGGGGGAUACGAAUAUCAGCAAAGAGGACCAUAUCCACAGCAAAACCCUCAGUACCCACCUCAAUAUAACUAUCCGCAGCAAGCACCGAGAACCAGCUUUGGUCCUGGUUGGGAGCAAAGACCGGCUAUGCAUGGACCUCCCCAGGGAAACUACUACGGGCAAGGUCCAGAAUAUGGGCAGCCAGGCCCGUACUCGCAGGCACCUGCACCGAGCUAUGGGCCUGGAUACAAUGAAAUGAAAUAUGACCACCAAGUGCCAUCCCAACAUCCCUAUGGUGGACCCGGGGUGCCACCUCAGUCCACUGGUGGUUAUUCUCAAGCUACUGGAGCCCAUCCUGGAUAUGGUCCUCAGGAUCAGUAUGGUAGGCCUGGGGGAUAUGGUAUGCCUCCUCAAGGACCACAUAGCCAGACGUAUGGGCAGCCACCUAGGGCCAACCAACCUGGAGAAAUGCAGUAUUCAGCUCUGCCGUCAGCACAAGCUUAUGGUUCUAAUGUACCACCUCAGCAAACUUAUGGCUAUAGUGGGGGGAUGCAACAAGGCUAUCCACCUUAUGCUGCUUCAGGACAUGCUGAUGGUUAUAGCCAUCCACCUGCUACGACUCCUGCUGGUCCUGGUUACGCCCAGCCUGCUGCCAGCCAGCCAGUCUCUGGUUAUGGUCAGCCAGGCAUGCAGCAGCCCUCUAGUUAUGCUGCUUCUGUUGGAGGUUACGGUUCAUAUCCUUCGCAGCCUGGGUAUACUGAUCAAGCGGCGGCUGCCCCCAACACUGGAUAUGGGUAUCAAGCUCCAGCGGAUGCUGCUUAUCCUGGUACUACUACCUAUGGUGCACCAGCUACUGCUCAACAAGGUUAUGCCGUUCAACAACCACCUCCAACUCAGCCGGGGUAUGACCAAACUGCCAAUGCUCAAGCAGCUUAUGGAACCGCACCUGCAUCCACACCCGCGCCUGCAGCCACACCUGCAUCCUCCACACCAGCAGCUGCACCAGCUGGGUAUGUUAAAAGUGUCUCACCUCAGCCUGGUUACCCACAGUACGAUUCCAGUCAAAUGUACACAGCACCUCGGUAA